GAGCGCCGGGGGCUGCGGGCUCCAGCUCCGAGCAGCGGCCCUGGGGCAGCUCCGCGUGUCCCAGCAGGUGCUGCCCCGGCAGAGGAUGGAAGUGGAGUGAAGCUGCUCCUGUGCUGAGCCCCGAGCCCAGCCUGUGCUCCUGCUGAGGGUUUCCUAGAGAGCAGAGGGAGCGGAGGAUGCGGACGGGGCGAUGAGCGCUCCCAGGGAGGAUGGCCGCUGUCGCAGGGCCAUCAGCAUCCUCACCGAGCUGUGCCAGAAGAAAAGCCUGCCCAGCUUGGACCUGGACACCUGCAGGGAGUUCCUCCUGCUGCCUUCUGACCAGAGCCUGAUUAUCUCCGAGCCAGAGCUCUCCGUCAGCCUCCUUGCAGUGAUAGUCAUUGUGUGUGGCCUGGCCCUGGUGGCAGUGUUUGUGUUUCUCUUUUGGAAGCUGUGCUGGGUUCCCUGGAGGAACAAGGCCCUUUCCUCCCACCUGGCCGUGCUGAGGAGCGAGGCAGGCCACAAGGACAGCAUGGCAGACAAGCUCAAGGACACGGGGGCCAUCAGCUUCCUGGAGGCAGCCGUGAAGAUCAGCCACACCUCCCCGGACAUCCCUGCAGAGGUCCAGAUGUCCAUGAAGGAUCACAUCAUGAGGCGCACGCGGAUCCAGAGGCAAACCACGGAGCCAGCCUCUUCCACCAGGCACAUCUCCUUCAAGAGGCACCUGCCCCGGCAGAUGCACGUGUCCAGCAUGGACUACGGGCUGGAGGCGCCGGCCGUGGCCGAGCAGCCCACCAGCAUCGGCCGCAUCAAACCCGAGCUCUACAAACAGAAGACCGUGGACACCGAGGACCCCAAGAAAGAGGCAGAGAAAACCUGUGGGAAAAUCAACUUCACUCUCAAGUACGACUACGAGAACGAGACGCUGACUGUCCGGAUUCUCAGGGCUUUUGACUUGCCAGCCAAAGACUUCUGCGGCAGCUCGGAUCCCUACGUGAAGAUCUACCUCCUGCCCGACCGCAAGCGCAAGUUCCAGACGCGCGUGCACAGGAAGACUCUGAACCCCACCUUCGACGAGUCCUUCCACUUCCCCGUGCCCCACGAGGAGCUGGCGAGCAGGAAGCUCCACCUGAGCGUCUUUGACUUUGACAGGUUCUCCAGGCACGACAUGAUUGGAGAAGUCAUCUUGGAGAACCUGUUCGAGGACUCGGACCUCUCGCGGGAGACUUCCAUCUGGAGGGACAUUCAGUACGCCACGACGGAAAGCGUGGACCUGGGCGAGAUCAUGUUUUCCCUUUGUUAUUUGCCAACUGCAGGUCGCCUCACCUUAACAGUCAUCAAAUGCAGGAAUCUCAAAGCUAUGGACAUCACUGGUUACUCAGAUCCAUAUGUCAAAGUGUCUUUGCUCUGUGACGGGCGAAGACUGAAAAAGAAGAAAACCACCAUAAAGAAAAACACACUUAAUCCCACCUACAAUGAAGCAAUAAUCUUUGACAUUCCCCCCGAGAACAUGGAUCAAGUCAGCCUCCUUAUCUCUGUCAUGGAUUAUGAUCGGGUGGGCCACAACGAGAUCAUCGGGGUUUGCCGCGUGGGGGUCAACGCCGAGGGGCUGGGCAGGGACCACUGGAACGAGAUGCUGGCCUACCCCCGCAAGCCCAUCGCCCACUGGCACCCGCUGGUGGAGGUGAAGAAAUCCUUCAAAGAGUGGCACGGCCGGGCAGCGAGCUUCGACAGCCAGGGCUCCUGUCCCUCCCCCAAACCACCCCCCACACCAUGAUCUGCAGCAGGGACAGCAAAAUGGGACUAAACCAAGUAAUUUUUGCACUUGGCCUUCAGUCUCAGUGGUUGCUGAGGGGCGGUGGCAGCAGCGGGACUUUCCGGGUAGUUGUUCCUGCGUAAGUAAAGGUAGAAACCCGUUUUGUGGUCAAAUAUGUUUUUGUCUAAUAUGUCUCCCAAGGUGAUGUUAUUUUUGUGGCUUUUGCUGUACGGGUCUGUUUCGAGAGGGAGAAGGUGGACUGAGACAUGUGCUGGGAGUUUGGUCUGUAAAAUAAUGUGUAAAAUAGUUUUUAGUGUGUGAAAAGGCUGGAAAGGGGCCAGGAGGUGUCUGCAGAGAGCAGAGGUGGCCAGGACAGGGGACAGGGGACAGUGGCCACUGGAAAGCUGUGGCAGAAGAUGGGAGAGACUCUUCCGAGCCACCAGCAGGUGCAUCCUCAUGGUCAGCCCCAGCCCUGCAGAGUAUCCCUGGGUUUCCUGUUCAUGUAGAGGUGUCCAUGAGCUCUUAGAAGUUUGUGCAGUGUGUACCCCAUGAUUCCUUUUGUCAUAUAUUUAAAAAAUGCUGGUGAUUCCUCAGGAGGGGAACCCUGGGUUUUUUUCCCCUGUAUCUGAAAUCUCCCCAGAGCUAUUUGCAUGAACAGUUUCUUCAGCCCCCCCCUUUGUAGCUGCUGCUCAUCCCCCAGGACAUCCCCACGUUAUCUGGAGUGGCCACAGGUGGGAUUCAGAAAUAAAAGGGGGAAAAUGUUACAGAAAUGGGUGACAGCCCUGCAUGACCACUGGG